UCUUAUUGUUUACGCAUUUGCGUAGCGAAAUUUCAUCUGUUUUCACGCACGGCGUCAGUCUGCUAAUCAGAAGUGCGGAUUGCGGUAAGCAGGCUCGCUGUAGAAGUCGCUAUUUGAUGGCCGAAUUGUAACGUCUUACCCGCAGAACAUGUAGGCUUUUUAUUGGGACUAUAUUAUCAAGACGAUAUGCGGGAUAAUAGAAAAUAUGGACAUACAAAAGUCGAAAAGCCCUAGUUAGUAUCCCGCCAACAAGCAAGAAUUUGAGACAACAUUUUUAAAGCUUGAAAGAGUGGAAUUUUGAAUCUUCACAAGAAAUGACUUCAUUGAAUAGUAUAUUGGAAAAUAGGGCACUCAUUCGGACGAGGAUUGGACCACCAGAUGUUUAUCCGCAGGAUCCAAAACAGAAAGAAGAUGAGCUUACCUCAGUCAAUGUGAAGCAAGGUUUCAUCAACCAGACUCCGUAUUUUUGUGAUAGUGGAGAAACUGGCUCUGCACAGCAUUAUCCAAUUGAUAUCACAAAGUUGAAUCGGAGUUUCAAUGACAUUGUGAGACAGAAACAGAUCAACAAUACGUUCAAUGACACAGUGAAGAAGAGACCUGCGUUAACCAAAGACAAUUUCUGGCUGGUUCCAGUAGCAAAAAACAGAAAUCAUCUUCAACAAUGGAUCAAAGAACUACGAGGUGGAAAAAGUCUGAAUUACUUGGGAAGGAGAGUUCCCAUCUUCAGCAAGAAAGAAGAAGUUUUUCAGACAUUAGCGGAGAAUCAGAUCACAAUUGUGCGUGCAACAUGGUACAUCAAAAUGACUGCACAGUAUGGUGUCCUGCAAGCAGAAGCUAAGAAUAAGAAAAAUCGAAACAAUGUCGAUCAUAAUCCUGAAUGGACUGCAUCGUUAUGCAGAUUUAUGCGAGACCAGUUAUCAAGGUUAUUGGACGAUCCAUCUCUCAAUAAUUCUGGGACUUCAGUGAUUCCUCAACAAAGCAUGGAAGAAACAGAAAAACAUUUUGAAUAUAUUUCGAAACUGGCACACCAUUUGUACUCAGAGGGUAUGUUGGACAGACAUGAUUUUCUUAACUGGGUUGUUGAAACAAUGGAAAAAAUCAGAUUACUUGGCACGCAUGCACUAAGUUAUGUAAUGCCUAUGGUCAUGAAAUACAUACAGGACAUCAUAAAGAAUCAACUUUUAUCAAGACGACUUGCUUUUGUUACAAGUCGAUUGUUAAACUGGAUGUUGAAUGAAUCGACGUGGGGUGGUGGUAAUUCAUCCUUGUCAUCAUCUAUUAAUAAUAAAUCAUCAAAUGCAAUUGAAUCUCCCUCUGCACCUAUGUCAGUUGGGCCACCAUCUGUCUCUGGUCAGCAAUCACAGAAGCAGCUUUCUGCUCCUCCGACUCCGAGUCAAGGUGCCAAGCCCUCGUCGCCUCAAAAAAACGGGCAACAAAACUCUAUAGCAAAGCCCCGUACUUUGCCAACGAACUUUCCUAAGUCGUUAGAAGACAUUGCUCACGGACUUAUAUGCAUUAUACAAUGUAUUACGAUGGAGUGCCCCGGCGCGCUUGUUUGGUACCAACCAGAUGACCCAAAGACCCCUGGAUCACCUUUGGACUAUUUACCCGUCGCUCCGUCUCUCUUACCUCUGCCUUCCACAACGAAAAUUGAGUCAUUAAGGGAUAAUAAUGAUAAUUUAACGAGGGCGAGGUUACGUGAGAUGGAAGCCGAUGUAAUUCAACGUUCCUACGCUGCUGAAAUGAGAUGGUCAUCCGAUAAGUGCCAAGAAUCUGCGACCGGUCAAACGAUAACGAGAGUUUUGAAUACGUUAGAAGCUCUCGAUAAACAACAAAAUUUUGAUCGAACUGAACCCAUUGAUUUUAUUUAUAAUAAAAUUUUUGUUCAUAAUAACAGCAAAGACGGUGGUGGCAAUGACCAGACGUCACAAGCUGGUGAAGAAGCUGUCAUUUGGCUAUUAUGUGAAUGGGCCAUAACAGCUCAAAGACUCGGCGAACAUAGAGCUGGUGUCGUAGCCAAACUUCUUGAUAAAAGACAGGAAAAAAUUGCGCACGAACGGGAGCAAGCCGCCAUGAUGUCAUCCAAACUUUUUAAUUCAUCUGGUACAGCGACUUCAAGUUCGAAUCCCGGUUCAGUCGGCACACCGUUGUUGUCACCUCCUCCUCAACUUCUUGUAGAAGGAAUGGAACCUCCUCAAAACGACACUCGAGCCUCUGUACAACCACCUACGCAACAGAAUUUAGUCGUCAAUAAUAAUCCACACAUGUUUCAAGCUAUUUUAUUCAAUUUUCUUGAUACACAAGCCCCACUUUUAGAUAACCCUUCAGAUAUGAAAGAACUUCAGUCUUUCAAAAAUUUGGUUGUUUUAUUUUCCGAGUUAAUUCAACAUGAUGUUUUUUCUCACGAUGAGUAUGUCAGCGCACUCAUAUCGAGAGGAGAUAUCACUCCAGGUCAAAUUUCUCCUUUGCCUAUCUAUAUACCAACGUCCGGUCCUAGUUCGAACACAACAACAAUAGGGUACACAAAUCACAGUGUUGGAGUGAUGUCCGUUGCUUCUGUUGGUCCAACGUCCGUCGGACCUUCAAGUAACAAGCCUUUGGACAUGUUGUUGAAAAGUGACGCAGAUGAUGAACUACCUUCAUCAGUAAGAAGUAUAGAUCCAAAAAAUGACAGUGAUCUAGUAUUAUUCUCUCCCGUCAAUAACUCUGAUAUUUUGAUGAGUCCCGAUGGAAGGAAUAUGGCUGAAAGGCACUUCACAGAUGUCAUCAAAGAGAUUCCAGACAAUUCCAAAGACAAGAACGGGGGCUUGGGACUCGGAAUGCAAAUGAAACGACCCACUGGUCCUAUUUGGGGUUACAGGCAACCACGACAUGUGCAAUUCCUCAUGCACUUCCCGAUUUCAUUCGAGGAUGAUGAAAGUAUUCACGAAUCAAAUCAACGCCUAAUGGUAUUAUAUGGUGCCGGCAGGCAGAGAAACGAAGUAAAGAAAGCUGUGAAAAAGAUAACAAAAUAUGUUUGUAAACUCGUUCAGAAGAGGUCAAUCACUUCUCCUGCUGAAAAUAGUUUUUGUAUUCCGUCAACUAAAGUGCCAAGUGUCGGGGGUUCGAAGAAGUCGAAAAAUCGAACGACAAACGACUUAUCAUUGUCUUCAUCUUCUAAUUCUCAGUCUCCCGAUAUGUUAUUGAAACGUUUUCGUUGUUUAUCGUACUUUGACCAGCAUUAUAUAACAACACAAGCUUCGAAAGCCAUUUUAACAUCUUUUAGCGACUAUGUAUCUGAGAGGUCUCAGAAUCUGCCGCUCAUGAACAGUAUUACAUUGGUGCUUAAUUUAAUGGAAGAAGCAUUAAAUUUUGGCGGAAUUGUCCAACUCGCCGUUCAAAUAUCUUCUGUUUUAACAUCUCUGGAAACAGAAAUAUCAAGAAGGCAUCCUACAUUUGCAGGAUGUUACACCAAAGAUCUCGCCCUCAAUAUAGUAUCUGUAUUGAGGCAUUACCAAAGCUACCUCACUCUCGAUAUCGAUUUAACACGGCAAGCGUUUGAUGCCAUGCAUUCUUUCAUCAAACAGUCAAAUAUUACUAAUCCUGGCCAUUGCACUUCGCCAGACAGAUGUGUUCUAAUUUUUCUCUACGAUUUAUUUACAUCGUUUCGUUCUAAAUAUUUGCUUUUGGAAAGUCAAGUACAAAAGUUUUCAAGUUUUGCAUCGGUGAUUCGACAAACUCUAUGUCAAUCUAAAAUACCUGCCAAGUCGAAUUGCAAAUAUGAUAACACGUUUCUGAUUGAAUACAUCGAGAAUCCAAAUUCAAUGCAUCCUCUGAUAGUUGCAAGACAAAAUUGUAUAUUAAUGCGAGAAGCAACGUAUAAAUACAGUUUUGUUUGUAGCGUUAUUAUAACUAUGUGCACAGGACAGAAUAACCCUGAAAGCCUCAGUUCAAUAGCAACUCUAUGUGCUGAAAUGAAUGCUCAAUGCAAUGAUUUGAGUUCAGAAUGGCUCGGAGUAUUAAAAGCUUUAUGUUGUAGCUCUACGACAGCCAAUUCCGCUAAUUUUACUGACGUCUUAAUACAUGUUGAGCAGGCAGUGGAUGACAAUAUUCAUGAUCCCCUCGCUUUGUUUACUGCCAUUUUAAUCGCUCGAAACUGCCUUUCGAUGGAAAAUUUCAUCAAACAUGUUGCUAUUCCGUCACUGCUUGCCGCUUGUCCAAGUCGACCUGGACUCAACGUGUCGGAAGCUGAAACAGGUGCUCGCCUCACUUGCCAUAUACUUCUUCAACUUUUCAAAACCCCACUGCAUCCUUCGCAAAUAAACAAUUCUUCCGAAACAUCUGGAAACGAACAAAGACCUCCUUUUUAUAUUCCUGAAGCUUCAGACAGGCAUUUAUUGGCCGCUUCACAAAGAAAUAUCGUUGUCGGGGCAGUUUUGGCCGUUCUAAAAGCAAUUGUAAAACUUGGUGAUGCUAGUUUCGGUGGUGGUCGAUCGUCAUCUCCUGCGGAGAAAGAAAACAGUGUUUCGUCAUUCUUUUUGCCCAUAAGACAGACUAUGGAUGAUGAUGACUUCGGACUUGGGGGACCCCUAAGGUCAACUAUGUCUUCUGGAGAUUCCAUGGACACUCCGAGCUUAAGCGAUUUUGCAAAGAAUGCAGUUCGUGUCAUCUGCUCCCAGCAAUGGGUUAGAGAAAGGUGUCUAAAAAUAAUUGAGUGGGAUCUACUCAUGGAUAAAGAACUUACUCAGGGUCAGAGACAAAAUUUGAUUCAACUCAUUUGUUGUCCAGAAGAAGAGUUGCAGCGAUUGUCCGAAACACCUCACAAUCAACGAUCGUACGUUUUGCAAGUACUUCAUAGGAUGUCUCGAUGGACGUUACGACAAACUUUACUUGAAUUACAAAUCAUGUUGAAGCAAGCUGGUGAAGAUCAGACUUUGUCAGAGGAUAUUGCAAAGGCUGUAAUAGAAGUAUUCAAAGAACAAAAUACCGAGCCAACGAAAGAUAGAAAAUCUCCUAUAACUGGAAUAGAGCUUGAUAGAAGUAACGUCUGGUUGAUGCCUCCACUUAUCAGUGAAUUAUCAUCUGAGGUGCAGGCCAAAGUGUUACAUGAAGCAAGUGUAAUUCUGGAAACAUCACAACAUUGGUCGAGGACAAAACCGGACAGAGAUCGGAAUUCUGGUCGAAAUCCUGCUUCACUUUUAAGCCAACAACCAUUUUUAACUCUCAUUCUGACUUGCCUUAAGGUUCAAGCGGAACAACGAGAUUCUCUUCUCGAGUCUUUACAAUCUCAGAUACUCAUGUUUCACUCGGAGUGGCAGAGCGGUAGACAACAACAACAGAGAGAUGGUUCCAACUCACAAGAUAGUACUAUGACACAGUCAAUGGUUCAAGAAGCUUUGCAAUUGAGACUAAGUCUAAUGGGAGGUAUGUUCGACACUGUGCAGACAAGCUUACGUUGGAUAAAUAGUGUUGUUAUGUUGCUGACUCAACUUAUAUCAUCUGGAAUGGUUGAUAUCGAAGUCAAUGCAAAACUAUUCAACAUUGUGUUCGACAUGAUAGCUGUGUUAUUACAUGGAACGUUGGGUGGUGAUUCACCCAACAGCGGAGAAGGAAGGAAGAAGAAUGAAUAUUUGUUAAUCGUAAAGAGAAUCGGGAAAGAAAUCAGUGAUGGAAAAACCGCGAGUUUGAAAAUCCUGCGACGUCUCUUAACUGUGCCUCGUAAAGAAACAUUCGUUAUUGCUUGCGAAGCUUCGGCGUCUUCAGGAAGUGAAAGACAAGGCUUGCAGGUUGCUUCAAAACAGAAAAUUACUCCGUGGGACAUUAUUGAAGGUUUAAAAAUAUCUGCUCCACUUAGUCUUCCUUGGUAUGGAGCUGCCAAAACUGAACGCAAGGAAUUGCCGUACUUAAUCCAACAACGCUUAAUGAUGUUUCACAGUCAUGAGGAAUGGCAAGUGCCUUUAGAGGAGUAUUUAAAACCUCCCGAACUGCCGCCAGAAGAGGAAGAAAAGCCUCCAACUCCAAAAGUUAACAAAAGGAAAACUCAACAAAGCACUUCCAAUCUCAAAAGUCCAUCAGCUGCUCCAUACGGCCCUAAAGACGCUCUUCAUCCUCCCGCUAAAAAACAGAGAGUGAACAGUAAGAUCAAGCAAAGACCAAGCAAAAAAAGCCAAGAACUUUCUUCACCGUACCCGUCACGGGCCAUGAGUAAUAUGCCUGGAAUAUAUAACACUAACAUGGUGCAAGGUGGUAUUGGAAUGCAAGCAAGUCAGUCAAUACGCUCAUCUGUACCAGGGUAUGGUACGAACCAACACCAAUCUGGUUAUAAUGUGUUCGCACCACCUCAACCCCCACUCCACCCUGGGGUGAGCUCAAAUCAACCAUUUAACAUCAGUCACCCUGGUAUGCAACACAAAGGUAAUAGUUCAAUCAAGCGAGAUUUAGCCAACUUUAUUAUAAAUAAAUCUGGACAGCAACAACAACGUUAUCCACGACCAACAAAUCCAAUUCAUACACAAAAUGUGUACAAUAUGCAUAAUGCGCAACAAUCGACAGAGAAUUCAAGGAUCGCUAUCAGGUCUAUGAUAAGAGGGCGUACUAAUAUGACAGGAAUGCAGAAUGACAUUGGCCAACAAUUGUCGUAUCGAGCGAGACAAUCAACACAGAUGGGUCCACCCAUGUCGACAUUACGUUCUAUCAACAACCCAGCACAGCAGUCCCAAAUUGGUGGAUAUGGAAAUUAUGUUAAUACUCAAGGUGGCGGUAUGAACCAAAUGCAUAUGAUGAGAGGAGCUCCAAGUUACAAUUCUUAUCAAGGAGGUGGUGGAUCAACACAACAACAAGGUUACCAUCAAUCUAUGCCAAAUCAGUCCUAUAUCAACCAACAACAAAACACUGGAAUGAAUCAAGGCUAUUCUAUGAGUAACAUGGGACAAAUGCAAGGCGGUGGUGGCAUGAACCAACAAUCUAGCUAUAAUAUGGGAGGUGGCAUGCAGAUACAAAACCAGUCUAUGAUGGGUGGCGGACAACAACCGCCUCAAUAUGGAGGCAUGAUGGCACAACAAGGACAAGGACGUACUAUGAAUCGUAUAAAUCAACACCAAAUGAACGCAGGGAGUCAAGGCAUGGGUGGAAUGCAACAAAUCCAAGGUAUGGGUGGAGGACAAAAUUCUAUCAAUCAAUCAAUGGGGAGACCAAUGCAAAUGGUGAAUCAAGGUCUUAAUUCAGAGCAUGUUCCACAACAACAAGAAACUGCCCAAUUGGUAAAGAUGCUGAGAGGUAAAAAUACCAACAAUAGGUGGUAUGUAUAACACCUGAAAUACAGGGAUCAAGCACCAUACUGCUGUUAAAGUUGAGAGAGCAUGAAUAACAGUUUGAAUGAUGUGCGUUAUGUUACAGAGAUCUAGAGGGUGGUAGCCUGAGUGAGGCAGAGGUUCGAUUUGAAAACGCAAUGCAUUCAUAGCAUGCCAUGACGUUGCAAUUUAAUAAUAGUACAUGGAAGGUGUACUGCACAACUUUUUGUUUUUUUUUGCUAAGCUACUUUCAAAAAAAUUGGAAUAAUAAUCUAAGCUCGUAUUUUUAUCGAGUUGUCAUCCUCCAAUUCUCAAUUCUCUUCCACCUCAAAACAUUUUUACAGUGAAGUAUAUAUCGUCGUUGCGGAAUUAUACUCACUCAAUCAAAGUUCAAUAAGAGGUUUAUGCCCAUUUGCUCAUUGCACCAAUUGUCAACAAAGUCUAAAUAAGUUUCAGUCUUGUUUUCACAAUCUCAAUAACCGCGAUUUCCAAGUUGAUGAUACUAUUUUGUGAAAAUUCAUCCCGUUUUGAAUAGUUAAUAUAGGACACCAUAUUUCUUUUCUCAGUUUAUGUUAUUGCCGCAUUCAUGCGAUUAAUUAUUCCUAAUUAAAAUUUUCGACCGAUUUUAUCCAACUUAAAUAUGGAUCAUUCAUAAAUCGUAGUUACAAAGCGAUUUUUUUAUACAGUCCAUGCUCUGUCUAUAAUUCUAUUUCCGAUUUCGAUUGUUGCACUAUAAAUUCAAAGUUUAUCGCCAUGUUUUCGUUUGUUCGAUUUUUUUCCAAAAUUGAAAUGAUAAUAUGAUAUCGUUUUUUGUUUAGUGAACAUACUUUUUCUUCCGAUUAUUGUUGGAUUUUGAUUUUUGUUCCAAACGUUUAGGGUUCAAUAGUUGAAGAAAAAAAAUGUAAUAGAUAUUUAUGAAAUUCAUUUAAAGUUGGGUCCUGGCAAAAAUCGCAUUUCAAAGUUCAUGAAAUUCAAGUUACUUUUUAUGAAAUUUCUUCUGCUGUGACAGUCCAAUCAAAAGUUUCUAUGUUCAAAACUAGUGUUCGUGAGGUACCUUUGACACACAACUCUAUAAUUUCCUUAUGACAUACUCAAUUAUGUUGGAAAUACACAGUUCGGAUUUUUUUAGCAAUAAAGAUAAUUCUUAACACCUAUUUGCUUCAUGAUUUGAGGUAUUUCUUACUUUUUAAAGAUUGGUCAAUUUUAUUCUAUAAAUACGCAAAUCUUAUCACAACUUUAAAAAAAUGAGUUUAAUAGUAUUAUAUCAGUAAUUCCAACUUGUGAAAAUUUUUUGGUUUGGUGACAAAAUUUUUCUGAUGAAAUAAUAAGUAUUUUAAUACAUCAUUUUUUCAUAUAAUUAUUGAAGUUUUUUUAAAUUUUGAAAAAUUCAACUUCGGAAUAAAUGAACAAAAAUGACAUUCACAAUACAAACUUCACGUGGAAGUACAUAUGAAUUUAGUAAGAUAAAGUUUUUAUGUCAAGAGACUAUGUUCCUAUGAUUUUUGUUGUCCAAAAUUAUAUAUUUUGGUAUAAAAAUGAAUUUUACUUUCAAAAUAAAAAGUUUAGUUUUAAAAUUUGCAUCCUAGUUUGGGAAAUUUGGAAUAAAAUGAUUUAUUGAAGAUACUGUAUAAAAUAAUAGAUAUACAUUGAAAUAGAAUAAAAGGUAUAAAACACUUUGAAUAUAACGCAUUUCGGAAAUAAUGCAGUAUUUCAUUGUGAAUUGUUGUUACAAUUAAUAAUCAAAGCAUCCAUUUUCAAACGCCUCACGUUUAAAAAAUUCUGUACAAAAUUUUGGAUCUUCUAGUUGAAGUUUUGUUUGUAAGAUAUCCAUACACUAUUAAAUUAAGUUUAAUUUCAGCAAAUCCUGAUAUGAAACAAAUUCACUAAAUAAUGUUCGAUAAGUCUCAUUCUUGAUUCAUCCAAAAACACCGAAACUUUUUCUCAUUGUACUAUUACAUUCAAGAGAUACAUAUAUUACAAGACCUACUUAACUAAAAUGGCAAUAUUGUAUCGAAGAAACAAGUAAACAUACAGAACAACAAUAAGCCCAGAAAUUUAUCUCAGUCACAACUCAAAUAAUAGGGCAUCAUAGCAAUAUUAGAGCAUUUAUUCUAGAUGCAUUGUAUGUUUAAAGUAUGAAAUAUGCGACGAAUAGUGAUUUUAAUGCACACAAUGCUAGAUUUUUACUCUGCAAAUUGUGUUUUUUGACAAAUAAAAUCUUUGAGAAUUUUUUUAUGAGUUUUGUAGCUGCGUAAAAACCCUUUCUACGGCGUAUUCCAUUUUGUUGGUAACAGAUAAAAUAUGAAAUACCAAUCCAUAAAUGUCUGUUUUAAGCCCUAGUUUCUUCUUAAUAUAUUGCUACGAUGCUAUCUUAUCUUACUAAAAUAAACUAAACUAUUUUUUUGACUUUUUAAUUAUUAUAGUUUUUUGUCCAAUUUUUUUUCUCUCGCUUUUUUCUAUAUUUGCUACUAUUUAUUUGACCAAUAAAAGUAAAAAUCUCCCUCUUUGUCUUUUGUCAAUGUAUUUUUCAGCACAGUGCGACAAUUUUUUAUUCUUCUUAUUGUUGUUGUUGAUCUUCUAUUAUUUCUUACUAUUCUAUGAAUAUGUAUUUGUGGUAGUUGUUCACAGAAAGCAAUGGCUAUUGAUGUAUUUACUAUUAUUACUAUUAUUAUUAUUGACUCACUUGUUUAAAAAAGCUAUUUGGUAAUUUUUUUCUUACAAAAAUAAAAAAGACAAUUAUG